AUUUGGAACACGAAUUCGCAUGUGAGGUGUCUUUCAACGGGUUGGCCCAGCAGGGCCGCAUUUUUGUCUCCAAGCGCUCGCUCAACUUACUGGGCAUCGACUUCAUCGAUAAGUUCAACCUUUGGUCACUACCGAUGGACAACUUUUGCAAUCAGGUAAGCGGUGUGCCUGUUGAUGCCAGUUCUUUGCAGAAAGCGUACCCGAAGCUGUUCAGCAACACGCUGGGCCUGUGCAACAAGGCCAAAAUCAAGCUAGCUCUCAAGGAAUCCUGCCGACCGAUCUACCGCCCUCGCAGACCGGUUUCAUACGCCAUGCUACCAACAGUGGAUCAAGAGCUCGACCGUCUGGAACGGCUGAACAUCAUUUCACCAGUGGACUAUUCCGAAUGGGCAGCGCCAAUCGUGGUGGUCAGGAAGGCGAAUGGCAGCAUUCGCAUUUGUGGAGAUUACUCCACUGGACUGAACGAGCGACUCCAACCUCAUCAAUACCCGCUCCCCCUGCCACAGGACAUCUAUUCCAAGUUGGCGGGUUGCACGGUGUUCAGUACGAUCGAUCUGUCGGACGCGUUCCUUCAAAUGGAGGUCGAUGAAAGUUCCCGUAGCAUGCUCACGAUUAAUACACACCGUGGCCUGUAUCAGAAUAAUCGAUUGCCACCCGGUGUAAAAGCUGCUCCAGGUGCAUUCCAGCAAAUGAUAGACACCAUGCUGGCCGGACUACCGGGUACAUCUGGCUACUUGGACGAUGUCAUCGUCGGUGGCAAGAACGCCGAGGAGCACCAACGCAAUCUUCACGCAGUUUUGCAGCGGAUCCAAGAGUACGGAUUCACCAUACGUCCUGAAAAGUGCUCCUUUGCGAAACAUCAGCUCGGGUACUUGGGUCUUCUGCUGGAUCGCCAUGGAAUCCGCCCGGAUCCUGUCAAGAUCGCAGCAAUCAAGAACAUGCCAUCACCGAAGGACAUUAGCGGAGUUCGCUCUUUUCUAGGCGCUAUAAAUUAUUAUGCGAAAUUCGUCCCAAAUAUGAGAAUUCUUCGCUAUCCGUUGGACGAGUUACUCAAAUGCAGCUCAUCGUUCAACUGGACCCCAGAAUGCCAGCAGGCGUUCGACAAAUUCAAGGAAAUACUGUCCUCCGACCUCCUGCUCACCCAUUAUGACCCGAAGCAAGAAAUAAUAGUGUCCGCCGACGCGUCAUCAGUUGGAGUUGGGGCAACUAUAAGCCAUAAGUUCCCUGACGGUAAAGUCAAAGUCAUCCAGCACGCUUCCCGGGCACUGACUGCGGCGGAAACAGGAUACUCCCAGCCGGAUCGAGAGGGUCUAGCUAUUAUAUAUGCAGUAACAAAAUUCCAUAAGUUCAUCUUUGGAAGAAGAUUCCGGCUUCAAACAGACCAUGCGCCGCUACUACGGAUUUUCGGGUCCAAAAAGGGCAUCCCGGUUUACACGGCCAACCGGCUCCAGCGCUGGGCCCUAACACUACUCAACUACGACUUCUCCAUGGAAUACGUCUCGACUGACAAGUUCGGGAAUGCUGAUGUGUUGUCCAGGCUCAUCGACCAGCAUGCCAAACCAGACGAGGAUUUCGUCGUGGCCUGCACCACCUUGGAGGAAGAUUUGAGGUCAGUAGCGGUCAAUAGCGUAAAUUGUUUGCCUCUCAGUUUCAGCAUGGUCCAACAAGCAACCAAAACCGAUCCAGUUCUUCGCAAAGUGUAUCGUUUCGUCCGAGAUGGUUGGCCCACAUCGAAGCACGAUCUACGGGACAACGAACUACGGCAAUUCCACGACCGCCAAGAAGGGCUGUCGAUCGUCCAAGAGUGCAUUAUGUUUGGGGACAGACUGGUGAUCCCCGCAGUUUACCGGAAGAGGUGCUUGAAUCAACUCCACAAGGGCCAUCCGGGCGUGCAGCGGAUGAAAGCCAUUGCACGCAGCUAUGUGUAUUGGCCAGGAUUGGAUGAGGAAAUAUCCAGCUUCGUUAAGGCUUGUCAGCACUGUGCAUCUGCAGCACGGUCUCCUCCGAAAGCUAGACCGGAACCGUGGCAAACUACAACCGCUCCAUGGCAGCGUGUUCAUGCUGACUAUGCGGGCCCAUUGGACGGAGAGUUCUACCUCAUCGUCGUUGAUGCUUAUAGCAAAUGGCCAGAAAUUUUUCCGACCCGCCAAAUUACGACGAAAGCCACCAUCAACCUGCUUCGCUCGCUCUUCGCCAACAAAGGGAUGCCGGAACUCCUCGUUACAGACAACGGCACCCAGUUCAAGAGCGCGGAGUUCAGCCAGUUUUGCAGCGAAAACGGUGUACGACACGUCACCACGGCACCGUUUCACCCACAAUCAAACGGCCAAGCCGAACGGUUUGUCGACACCUUCAAGCGAGCAGUUCGAAAAAUCCAGGAAGGAGAAGGCACUAUCAAGGAAGCACUCGACCUUUUCCUGAUGACCUACCGCACUACACCGAAUCCGAACGUGCCAGACAAGAAAUCACCUGCAGAAGCAAUGUACAAUCGACCACUGCGAACAACCAUGGAUCUUCUUCGAGCACCGCCCGAACAGGUAGCAGAUCAAGCCAACUCGAGUCAAACCAGAGCGUUCGCACCUAAGGAUUUCGUGUACGCCAAAGUCUAUUCACGCAACAAAUGGACUUGGACGCCGGGCACCGUGGUCGAGAAAGUGGGCAAGGUGAUGUACAACAUCUGGUUGAAUGACAGGAGGAUGAUUCGGUCCCACAUAAACCAGCUUAGGGCCAGGACCGGGACAAAUUCAACCAUAGCGAAGUCAUCAUCGUCAAAGCAACAGCUGCCAAUCAACAUCCUGUUGAAUGAAUGGAAACUGUCCACCGCUGCAACGCCUGUAGCGUGGGCGUCCACAUCACCACCGCUGGGAAAUGUCGAACCGACGUCGCCAACGUCGAUAGUGGGUCAGCCUGUGGCCUCCCCAGCAUCCAGUAGUUCAAGCUCAACUUCAACUUCGUCUUCAUCAGCGGAUUUCCGAUCUGCUAACGACUCGUCUCCUGCGGUCAGGCUACCUAGGCGCUCUUCUCGCAACCGAAGACCGCCUCAAUGGUUCCAGGCGUACCGCAGAUACUAAGGAGGGAGAUGUUGGGAACACUGGCAACUCUGACCCAGAACCUACCACAGGGCUCACCGUUGACAGGCGACUGUCAUCCGGAUCGACGUCACAUGUGUCAUGACUAACCUUUUGUAAUUAGAAUGAGAUUGUCAUAAUAUCAUUGUAUUGUUCCAAUUCUCGACAAUGAAGAACAUGUUUUAAAGUGUCCCGCGAAAUAUACUAUUUUAUUAAAUCGUAGCGUAUUUAUAUGCUUAAACAAUUUAAGUCUAUUCACCGCCUCGUCACGUUACGACACCAAUGUAUGCGCAGCGCUACAGCCCCGGCCGUGUGCAUGUUUGUGGAGAACCAGAUAUUUAACCUGUUCGGAGUGCCAGCCAUCUGCAUCACAGAUAACGCAAAGGUCUUCAAAUCCGAUGCCUUUGCGAAGCUACUGAAGACCUACGACGUCACACAUUGGAAUCUCGCUGUCUACCACCCUAGCCCGAAUCCCGUUGA